GUCGCUUGUUUUCGAGAAUUUUCUUAUCCGAUCAUAUUCUUGUUUAUUCCACUCCAGUCACCAUUCGAUUGAUAUGAGCCACCAUGCAUAUAAAUAGAUCGCCUGUGAAGCUCAGUUUCCACUCAUGACACAGCCAGCGAAGCUGACAAGCCUUCACAUGCGUUGAUGGACACAGUUACGAGGAUGGUAGCAGAAAAGCCAGUGGUGAUAUUCAGCAAGAGCAGCUGUUGCCUGAGCUUCUCCAUCAAGUCACUGAUAUGCAGUUUUGGGGCUAAUCCCACCGUGUAUGAGAUUGACCAAAUUAGCAAUGGGAAGCAGAUAGAGACGGAAUUGCUCCAAUUGGGAACUCAACCAAGUGUACCUGCUGUGUUCAUUGGCCAAAAAUUCAUUGGCGGUGCCCACCAAAUCAUGAGCCUCCAUGUCCGCAACGAGUUACCAACUCUGCUCUUGAAUGCCAGAGCCAUUUGGAUUUGGACGCCAAAAAAUGAUUCGUAGAAAUCCAGGCUCUUGUCUUGUCUAUCAUUAUAGAGCCUAAACUAGCCUUUACUUUGAUGUUUUGCUUCUAGCUAGGCAGUACAUGCCCGUAUGUCACUCAUCAUUGUAUUACUUGUUUAAAUAUAUACCACGACUUUAAGAGACCUAGCAAACGUUCUUGCUGUUUCUUCUCUGGUUAAUUUUU